CUUUCCCCAACGACCACCAUGUUCCCCAUUCGAGGAGGCGUGCGCUACCUCUCCUCGCCGGUGAGAACAUGCCUCAAUAGACAGACGAGGUUGAUGGCCAAUGUUGGCGGAGCGGGCAAACAGUUCCAAGCUGAGGUUGAGAGGCGGCUUGAGGCUGACAGGACGACUCGCCGCCGCGCGCGUGCGGGGUUCUGGACAUUUGCUGCCGGUGCAUUUAUUUGCUUAGGCGCCUAUGGUCUAGGAAGUGCCUUCCCUCCUUCGGUGAUCAGGCUCAUAUCCCCUCGACCCGCAGCCGCUCCCCCACCUCCAGAUUCUCCCGAAGCGCUCGCCCAAGUCCAGAGACUCGAGAAGCAGCUCAUGUCCCUUCCCCAAGUCCUCGAGCUGAGCAAGAAGACUGACGGUCCGGAUGCGGAGUACUACGAAGCACGGCCGUACGCUACCUAUCCGCGGGAGAGAGCAGUCAACUCCCUCACCGCGGGAGCUCUGCGAGGUGCGGGAAGGCUGGCGAUCCCCCCGCUCGUGUUUGCGAAGAGGGAUGAGUCGGAGGCAAAGGUGUUCAUCCAUGUGGGGAGGGGUGUGUGUGGACAUGAUGGGAUCGUACAUGGAGGUUUGACGGCGACGUUGUUAGAUGAGGCGCUGGCGAGACAGGCUUUCCUUAACCUCCCAUCACAUCUGGGUGUGACGGCCACGUUGACGGUCAACUACCGCGCACCAGUGAUGGCCGACCAGUUCAUCCUCAUCGAGACCAAACUGGACACGGUGAAAGGGAGGAAGGCGACUGUUUCUGGGUGCAUAUACGACCUUGAUGGGAAGCUGCUCGCUGAGUCGAGUGCACUCUACAUCGAACCCAAGUACGCUCAAGUACUAGCCAACGGAGAUGUGAAACAUCUUCUAGGCGUGCACACCAAACCUUCGGUUGGAAUGGAGGAGAAGCCUCAUCAUAGAGCGGGUACCGGAGAACCGAUGCCCAUGGCCGGCGAGCAGGUCAUACAUGGGGAACCGCCGAAACGGGAUUGAUAGACAAUCCACCUUGAGAAUGACCUUGCUUGCAUAGACGUGGAUGCACAUACGAUACUGA